GGGUUAGCGUUGGGAUAGGCCAAAACAACCACCCAACAAGACGUCGUGCUACUACGGGGAAAUACCCCACCGAACCGAGAAUAAACACGGUGUCGGUUUACUUCAUAGUCGAGGCAAACACUGCAAAUCCUCCGGAAAGUCGAUGCAAGUGUAAAAUCUCGCCCAUCGGGGCUCAAACGUGGACGCUGACGUCGAGCCGUGCGUAAUGAGCAGAGUUGGAAAAAAGAAGGUGUUGAGCUGCAUUUUUUCUCCCUCUCUCUCUCCCCCUGCCAGGGACAACUUGGGUCGGAGUGCUGUCUGAACUACGAGCCGAUACGAGUGAAGACGACACCCACGGAGCUCCACACUUUCUGGUAUGGCAGGCUGGGCCCGGGGCUCUGAGGAUCCGUGCCUGACCCUCGACUGAGGAUUGAGAGGAAUACGUUGUCUGAGCAGAAUGACUCAGCAGGAGGGGGGACCCCCAAAUAGCAAGUGAAGAGAAGUGAGGAUGGGUGCCAAUGGAUCCAGCUAUCCACACUCAUGCUCUCCACGCAUAGGGGGAAAUGCACAGGCACAGCAGACUUUUAUAGGGACCUCAUCCUACUCUCAGCAGGGAUAUGGCUGGGAGUCUAAGCUAUACAGUCUGGAGCACGGACAUGAGCGGCCAACAGACAGGAAGAAGAAGAGCCUCGGUCUGGCGACCCUCAAACGGAGGUUCAUCAAAAGGAGGAAGUCCAGUCGCUCAGCAGAUCAUGCGCGGCAGAUGCGUGAGCUUUUGUCAGGGUGGGAUGUCCGUGACACAAACGCCCUGGUGGAGGAAUACGAGGGCACAGCAGCACUCAAGGAGCUAAGCUUCCAAGCCAGCCUGGCACGGGCUGAGGCACCCAGCUUGCAGCGGAACCUGGCUGCCCUCUACCAGCACAAGUACUGCACUGAUGUGGACCUCAUCUUCCAAGGUACUUGCUUCCCGGCUCACCGGGCCAUCCUGGCUGCCCGCUGCCCCUUUUUCAAGACGCUGCUGUCGUCAUCCCCUGGCUAUGGAGCAGAGGUUCUCAUGGACAUUGAGACAGCUGGCAUUGAUGUGCCCAUGUUCUCUGCCCUACUUCACUACUUGUACACUGGGGAGUUUGGGGUGCGCGGGGCGGAGGAUACCAGGCUGCAAAACGUGGAUGUACUGGUGCAACUCAGUGAGGAGUUUGGUACUCCCAACUCCCUGGAGGCUGAUAUGAAGGGCCUGUUUGACUACAUGUGUUACUACGACGCUCUGCUCAGCUUCUCCUCAGACUCUGAGAUGAUAGAGAGCUGUAACGAGCGAGGUGCCGUGGCUGCAGCACCAACAGUGGGCUCAGGAGGCCCUGGGACCCCAGACGAGGACCUAAGGGCUCAUAAAGCUAUCCUCUCAGCACGUUCUCCUUUCUUUAGGAACCUUUUGCAGAGGCGCAUCCGCACGGGAGAGGAAAUGACAGAGCGCACAUUGCAGACACCAACCCGCAUAGUGCUGGACGAGUCUAUCAUCCCACGGAAAUAUGUGCAGGUUAUUCUCCACUGCAUGUACACAGAUGUGGUGGAGCUCGGGCUGGUGCUGCGGGGCAGCCCCUCAGCGGGCAGCCUCGGCGAGGUGCAAGCCCUGGUGUCUGGGGGCCGCGGAGCUAGCACACGCACCGAGGAGGCUAUGGAGCUGUACCACAUUGCUCUAUUCUUGGAGUUCAGUAUGCUUGCGCAAGGCUGUGAGGACAUUGUUGUGGAAAGCCUGUCUCUGGACUCCCUCGUCCCCAUCCUGAAGUGGAGCUCCCAGCCGUAUGGCUCCAAGUGGGUCCACAGGCAGGCCAUGCACUUCCUCUGUGAGGAAUUCAGUCAGGUUGUCACUUCGGAUGUUCUCUACGAGCUUAGCAAGGAGCACCUUCUCUGCGCAAUUCAGUCUGACUACCUACAGGCGAGUGAACAGGACCUUCUCAAGUAUGUUGUUAAGUGGGGCGAGCAGCAGCUUAUUAAGAGGAUGGCAGACAGGGAGCCAAACCUUUUGAGCGGCACAGCCCACAGUGUAAACAAGAGGGGAGUGAAAAGGAGGGACCUGGAUGUGGAGGAGUUAAAGGAGAUCCUGUCUCCCCUUCUGCCUUUCAUCCGAACUGAGCACAUCUUACCUCCCAACAGUGACGUCCUCUCUGACGCGCUUAAAAGAGGUUUGAUAAGCACCCCUCCCUCAGACAUGCUGCCCACAGCUGAGGGGGGGAAAGCAAAUGCCUGGUUACGGCAGAAGAACGCUGGCAUCUAUGUGCGUCCCCGCCUCUUCUCUCCUUAUGUGGAGGAGGCUAAGUCUGUGCUCGAUGAAAUGAUGGUGGAGCAGACAGACUUGGUGCGUUUGCGUUUGGUGCGCAUGUCCAACGUCCCAGACACACUCUACAUGGUCAACAACGCUGUGCCUCAGUGCUGCCACAUGAUCAACCACCAGCAAAUGGCAAGCAGCUCAAACACAGCGCCAUCGGUCGUGGCCAAUGAAAUUCCAGUGCCUCAGCUGUCUGUGGUGAAGGACAUGAUCCGGAGGCUGCAGGAACUGAGACACACAGAGCAGGUCCAGAGAGCUUAUGCCCUCAACUGUGGUGAAGGCGCCACCGUCAGCUAUGAGCUACAGCUGCGGGUGCUGAGGGAGUUUGGUCUGGCAGACGGAGCCACUGAGCUUCUGCAGAACCCCUACAAGUUCUUCCCUGAUGAACGCUUUGGAGAUGAGAGUCCAAUUCUGGCUCUACGCCAGGUGGGUCGGUGUCGGGUUAACAGCAGCCCAGCCAUGGAUAGCAUGUUCACAGAGCUAGAAGGGGUAGUUGGCUUUCACCCUCCCCUACCUCCUCCACCUCCCCCAUACCACCCCCCUGCCACACCCAGCCAUGCUCAGCUCAAGGGUGCCUGGCGUCCUCGUGUGCCCAUGCCAACCCCUACCCGUUCCUUCUCCUAUCCCUGCAACCGCACCCUGAUCCAGCGCCAUGCAGCUGCCAAGCAUGGCAGCUCAGACUACUCCUCUGUGCCCAGGCCUCAGCCCCCAGACUGCACCAACCCGCAGGCUAUGGGCCGAGCUUUGCUUUCUGACCAGCAAGCGAUGAGCAUGGAGCCUGUUAUGAGGGAGUUCAUGCCUGACAUUGCGUUGGGUGUCUCCGUCAUGUCCCUGAGGGAGCAACACAUGGCAGAGAUGGACAGGGAAGGCCCUCACAGCCCAAUGGGCUCCUCAGGCCACCAUCUGCCCCACGGGCCCUGCCCUUCUGCCCGCCACAGCCAUGGCCACGGUCCUGGACAUGGCCACUCCUGCAAGAGACACGCUCCUGAACCCAAGCUGGAGGCUCAAGCCGAAUUCCCUGACCUGUAUGACUUCUCCUGUCGACCUGCAACCCCGACCUCCGCUCAUCCCCUGCCCUCCUUUGCAGGACCAGACCUCUACAGCCACAGCUGCACACCCUCCAGCCCUUAUCCACCCCCCUACAUUUCUGACUCUCAGUCCCAGGGCCGCCUGCAGGGACGGACUGCCCCAGACCCACUACGUCUGGAUGUCCUUAGUAUGACCUCUCAGAGGCAUGAUGGAGUCCUUGCCAGCCCCUCUGGGGCCCAACCUAGGAUGGGACACAUCCCUAGGGGGAGAUCUAAUGAGACAGAUCUGACUCAUGGCUUAGGACAUUUACGGCCUCCCAGUGGAAACAUGGACAGCUAUGAGGAGAGGCACACAGGACCUAGAGAUGCCCCGGAGGAGAUGGUAUUAGCUGGAGAAUCUUUGGCCCCGGGGGUCCUCCAGCAGCAUCACAGGAACAGUGUCAGCGAGGAGAUCGCCAGAGACCGCAGGUCACCCAGCAAGCCCGACUACCCUUAUAAGAAAUCUGCACUUUAACCCCAUU